AUGGAACGAGAGGUCACUGUAUACGCUGAUCGUAAAACAUCGUAUACGGCAGCUGUAAACGGCCAAAGUACACUACUGUCGUUUUCCGAUUUAAUUGAUCGAAGGUCGGCAAAAAAAUUGAAAACAACAGAAGAUGAACAAUCAUCAAGCAACAGGGAUACUGAGCACUAUGAACAACUGUGGAAGAAAAUGGAUCGACACCGGUUUUUGGGAAGUACAGAUUUGAGCAUCGUCACUUCAUUGUUAUCAAGUUACAAUGUGCCAACAAAAAUCUCUGAUGGAAUCAAAUUGAACAAAAUAAAACAGCAGGAUGAUUUGAUCUUAAUUGAAUUAGGUACUUUGCUUACUUCUAAUGAAUGCGAUGAAAUUCUUACUAAAAUCAAUGAAGAAACAUUUGAAAAUAUGUCUGAUAAGUAUGAUAUUCGGAAACGAAAUAGUUCACGAUUAAUUGUCAUGGAUGAUCAAUUAGCGCGAACGCUUUGGCGACGUUUAAAAUUUAGUAAUAAAUUAACGAAAUUAGUUCAAAACUCAACACCAUUAGGUUUCAAUGUGCAAGGCGAAUGGGUGAUGAGUGGUGUGAAUCCAGCAAUGAGAUUGAAUAAAUAUAAAGAUGGAGAUUAUUUUUCACCUCAUAGAGAUGCUCAAUAUGCGCCCAGUGGUGAUGAACGAUCACUUCUGAGUUUAUUAAUUUAUUUGAAUGAUAAUUAUGAAGAAGGAGAAACAAAAUUUUAUUUUCCUAAACAAUCACCGAACGCUGAUGUGAAAGGAUUGACAAUGACCGAAGAAAUCAAUAGUUACGGUGGAUUAGUCAAUGGUUUUGACUGUACCGAAUUAAAACCUAAGAAAGGUUUCGCUGUUCUUUUUACACAUCAUCUCAUUCAUGAAGCAACACCACCUGAAAUGAUCGAUCCUCUUCAUCAAACAGAACGUCUAGUGUUGAGAACUGAUGUAUUGGUUAAACGAAAACAUAAGCCGUUAGGAUUUACCAUUUGUCCAGAAGAGAAAGAAGAUUAUCUCGCUUGUUUGAAUUUUUUUCGCGAAGCACAACAGAUGGAAUUGAAAAUCGGUGAAAGUUCCGAUAUGUCUGUGAAAAACAUUGCCACCGGUGAAUUGUAUGAACGUUCAUUAUCGAUUCGAUAUUGUUAUCCUCGUUUACUUCAAUCAAAAUUGAAACAUUCAAUUGUUGAUAAAAAUAACCAAAAGUCAUUGACUGAUCAACUACCAACAGAACUUUGGCUUCGAGUUUUAAAACUUUUACAUGAACAAGAUAUUCAAAGUUUAAUAUUUGCUUUUCCACAAUUUCAACUAUUGAAAGUCGUUUGGGAAUCUCAAGAAACAAGAAAAUUUGUGCUCGAUCCAUCUCGCUCAAAAUAUCUUCCGACAAUCGAUACUCAAUAUGGUAGUCGAACUCUAUUUUCUUUUACUGAUUCGCAAUUUUUCUAUCGAAAUAUCGAUGGAUGUUGUCGAGUAGCGGCCGUUUAUGCUUUCUUCUUAUUAGGACAUGGAAAAGAUUCAACAACAUACAUCGUUCGAUAUGAUAAGAAUACUCAAGAAGUAUGUGAAGUACAAAUGGAAAGAGUCUUAGCAGACGUAUUUUAUAAUAGAAACUGUUAUGGUUCUCUCUAUCGCGUCAAACAAAACGACAAAAAGAAACAUGAGCCAAUUGUUGACUUUGAUCACAGUGUUGAUCGAACGUAUUUGACCAAUCGACAUCAAUCUCAGUUUAUUGGACAAGAUCUUUUAUCACGUUUUCAUUUUAAGAUGAAAUUUUCACAUUCCACCAACAGCGACAUUUUUCGUUCUGAAGAAAAUACCAGUAGUGAAACCGAUGAUGAUGAUGAAGGAUUAGAUGAAUCAUUCAUUAGAGUUUAUGAGCGACAACAUGCGUUAUGUGACCGCAAGAAUAAACUUGUUGAUCAUGGUUUUGAUUCAUAUGAUCCGCAAUUUGGAAAGAAUCCAGUCUUAAGUUAUUGUGAAAACUUAUUGAAACAAGAUUCAGGCACAAGUCUGUUUCGUAUGAUAUCUGCCAAAGAUCAUCUCAUUGAUCUAGUUCGUC